AUGUCCUCCGCUGACCGCGUGCGUGUGGAGAUGCUCGAGUCGCGCAUGACCUCGUCCAGCACCGGCGGCUUCGCGUCAGUCGAGCUCGGCUUCCGCCGGGAGCCGUCCAACCCGCCCUCCAACAGCGCGCCCUCCAACAGCGCGCCCGACGCACGGCCGUCGACGCCCGCCAGCGCCAGCACAAGCAGCAACCAGCGCAGCGCCUUCGGGCGAGCCGGGGAUGCCAAGCGGCCGCGCAUCGAUCCGGCAGCAGGCGGAAUCAAAAAGUUCUACGCGCCGAAGGAGCGCCCACCGCCCGGCGGGGUAUCGCCCGCCACCGCCGCCGGCAAGCCUACCGGCGCGGCGGCAGACGCGGAGAGAGGACGGCUCGAGGCGGAGAACGCGCGGCUGCGCGAGGAGCUGGCAAAGAGCCGCGGCGAGACCGAGGCCGCGAGGGCAGAGGCGGACAGUGCAAAGGCCGAGGCCGAGGCGGCGUCGGGUGCGAUGCAGGACCUGCGCGCCGAGGUUGCGGCGGUGCGGGACGAGCACGAGGCGGAGCGGGCGGCGAACCGGGCGGGCGUCGAGGCGCUGCGGGAGGCGCUGAGUCCCCGAGAUUACCCGAGAGCGCUUCGGCAGGCGGCCUUCAAGGAACGCGGGGAGCAGCGGGAGCGCCUCGCGCGCGAGUCGGGGACGGGCACCUUCUCCUCCUCGUUCGUGCUGCGGGACGGGACGGCGAUGGUCGAGCUCAAGGCGCGCGAGCGAGCCCUCGACGAGCGGCGGGCCGCGCUGAGUGAUGGGCUGCAGGAGUCGCUCAAGCUACGCAAGAUCCUGCUCGCGCGAGAGAAGGACGAGAGAGAGAGGGAGCGAAAGGCGCGCGAGCGGUGCGGCACCCACGUGGCGGAGCUGCGUCUAGCCCAGGAGUCGGACAGCCUGCCCGCCGAAAUGCGCGAGUGCCCCUCCUUCCCGCGGGACGGGAGGCAGGUCCACGAGCCGGGCGAGAAGGGCACUGCCAGCCGCAGCGGCUCCUCCGACGGCCGCUUCGUCAUCCUCGAGCUGAUCGCGACGGGCGGCUUCGCCGCCGAGUCGUUUGUGCGUCACGUCGAGCGCGAGAUCGACAUCACCGCCGCGCUGACGCACCGGCGCAUCGUCGAGACGUUCGCCGCCUUCGAGAUCGACCGCUCGACGUUUGUCUCGGUGAUGCCGUACUGCAAUGGCGGCUCGCUCGCCGACCUGCUGCGCCGGCAGGGCGCGCUGGCGGAGCGCGAGGCCAAGUCGAUCAUCGUGCAAGUGCUGCACGGGCUGCGCCACCUGCACCGCCAGCGGGAGCCAAUCAUCCACUACGACCUCAAGCCGGCAAACAUCCUGCUGCACGAGGGCGAGCUGACCUCGUACGGCUCCGGCACGCACGGCUACUUGCCUCCCGAGUGCUACGAGGGCGAGUCGUCGCGCAUCUGCCCAAAGGUGGACGUCUUCUCGGCGGGCGUCGUCUGGUUCACGAUGCUCUUCUACCCCGCCAAGCCCUUCUUCGCCGACGCCUCGCAGCAGCAGAUCAUGCAGAUGUCGUCCCACUCCAUGCGGACCGAGGCGCAGCGCCUCGCGAUCCCCGACUGCAAGCCCGCCCUCUCCAAGGAGGCGCAGGAGGCCCUCCGCCGCUGCCUCGCGCCGAGCCGCGCCGACCGGCCCGACGCGGCGGCGCUGCUGCGCGACCCGUACUUUGCGGCGGGCGGGAAGGCCAAGUAG